AUGCAGCGCACGGAGCCGGUUCCUGAUGGGGUGGAAGGGCUACAGUCCCUGGCGCUGCAGGGUCGCUGGCGGGAGGUGGCCAAGCGGUGUGCCUCCACCACAGCGACCGACACGGCCGCCGCCCUCACAGUCGCCGCCUAUCACACCCUGGCAUUUCUAAAGCUGAAAAUGCUUGAUCACGCAGCUGCGGAACUGAGCAAGCUGGGCAGGUUUAAUGAUGGUGCAUACAUGAGCAAAGGCCAGUCGCUGGUGCCCUUUGCCCUGCGGAUCAUGGCGGCAGAGGUGCCAUGGCGGCUGGGCAGGCAGCAGCAGGCUGUGGACCGGCUGUAUGCGCUGCUGGAUUGGUGUGCCGCGCGGCAGGCAGAGGCGGUGAGCAAAGGAGGCGCAGCAGGGGAUGCAACGGCGCUUCCCGCCAGCAGCAACCACCUGCACCAGCUGUGGCAGCGGAGGCACCGGGACACUCUCCUCGCCCUGGUGAACAAGCACUGCCAGCUGCGGCAGUAUGUCCCGGCGCUGUCCCUGCUCAACCAGCUGCUGCGGGCAGAUGUCAGCGAUGCAGAGGCGUGGGCAGAGGCAGGUACAGUGCAGGCGAUGCUGGGCGACUUGAGCACAGCCCAACACACGCUCAAGCAUGCAGAGCAGCUGCUGCUGGCGGGCAGAGGCGGCGGCACCGCAGGGGAACAGGAUGCGGCGCAUCAGCGGCAGUGGCGGCAGCUGCUGGUGCACCGCAACCGCGGCCUGCUGUCCUUCCUGCAGCGCGACUACCGAGGGGCCGCCAACGAGUUUGCCGCAGCUUUGGCAGUGGAUCCGGCAGAUGCCGCCGCCACCAGCAACCAUGCUGCGUCAUGUACAGCUGCCAGCUAA